CUCUCCCCACUUUCCUUCCUUCUCCUCCUUCUUGCCCUCCCCUUCCCGGAACUACGGUUCCCGGCGUGCCCCGGGAGCGCGCGGCGGAGCGCGGGGCCCCGCGGUGGAACUUGCCCGGGUGUUUCCUGGCGACGGGGGAAGUGGAGGAGCCGCCGCCGCGGAGAGUGGGAGCCGCGCUUCUCCCCUCCCCGCUCCCGGGCGCCCGAUCUACCAUGAGACCCGCCAUCUUCCCGCUCCUGCCUGACCCUGGCUGCCUCCUGCUCCUCCUGGUGUCUUGGCUUUUUAAUCCAGCAAGAAGUGAAAUAACAAGUCUAGAUAGUGGCAAUAUAGAUGACAUUUUAAACAAUGCAGAUGUUGCUUUAGUUAAUUUUUAUGCUGAUUGGUGCCGCUUCAGCCAAAUGCUGCAUCCUAUUUUUGAGGAAGCUUCUAAUGUAAUCAAAGAAGAAUAUCCAGAUAAGAAUCAAGUGGUGUUUGCUAGAGUAGACUGUGAUCAGCAUUCUGAUAUAGCUCAGAGAUACAGGAUAAGCAAAUACCCAACUCUGAAACUCUUCCGGAAUGGCAUGAUGAUGAAGAGGGAAUACAGGGGGCAGAGAUCUGUGACAGCAAUAGCAGAUUACAUCAGGCAGCAGAAAAGUAACCCUAUUCGGGAGGUCCAGGAUUUGGAAGAAAUUAGUUCUCUUGAUCGCAGCAGAAGAAAUAUUAUUGGGUACUUUGAGCAAAAGGACUCUGAUAAUUACAGAACCUUUGAAAGAGUAGCGAAUAUUUUGCAUGAUGAUUGUGUGUUCCUCUCUGCCUUUGGGGCUAUUUCAAAAGCAGAGAGAUUUAGCGGAGACAAUGUAAUCUACAAGCCACCAGGGGAAAAUGCUCCAGAUAUGGUGUAUUUGGGCUCACUAACCAAUUUUGAUUUGAUUUAUGCAUGGACGCAAGAUAAAUGUGUACCACUAGUUCGAGAAAUCACAUUUGAAAAUGGGGAGGAACUGACAGAAGAAGGCCUUCCUUUUCUCAUACUUUUCCACAUGAAAGAUGACUUGGAGAGUUUAGAGAAGUUCCAGCAGGAGGUUGCACGGCAGUUAAUAGGUGAAAAAGGUACAAUAAACUUCCUCCAUGCUGACUGUGACAAAUUCAGGCAUCCACUCCUCCACAUUCAGAAGACUCCAGCAGACUGCCCUGUCAUUGCCAUUGAUAGCUUCAGGCACAUGUAUGUCUUUCCAGACUUCAGUGACUUGUCAGUUCCAGGUAAACUGAAGCAAUUUGUACUAGACUUGCAUUCUGGAAAAUUGCAUAGAGAGUUUCAUCAUGGCCCUGAUCCAACUGAUGUAGCACCUGGUCAGCCAAUUCAGGAUUUAGCAAGCAGCCCACCAGAGAGCUCAUUCCAGAAACUGGCACCCAGUGAACAUAGGUACACCUUAUUGAGGGAAAAAGAUGAACUUUAAAAAACUUGAAAUAAUCUUGCAAGCCUUUCAGACAGCAGCAUUGACUUCUGUGUGGUGGAAAUAGUAAACCUAUAUUUUCAUAAUUCUAUGUGUAUUUUUAUUUUGAAUAAACUGAAAAAUAAUUUUUUUCUCCCCAGGCUUGUAAAUACAUUUGUUUGGUGGGUCAUUCUGUACAGCAUCUUUCAAACAGUACAUUCUUAAUGCUAUAGUAAAAUAUCAGAGACCCAUCCAGACUCUUGAUCUAACUCUGUAAAACUUUUAUAAUCCAAAUGAAGGUAUCCUUGCCAGAGACAUGCUGUUAACUUGCACUAUCCCAUUAAAUAGGACUUUUGGGUUGUUUUCUGUGUAACCUUGGUAGUAUGUGCUUUUUCUUCUGUGAACAGCUAUCCUGGUAAUCUAUUUCUUUGUCACAUUUUUCUCCAACUUAAGAGGGUCUUCUAUUCUGGAUACUUGGGAGGGGAAUAAAUUAAAGUUUUACAGAA